AUGUUGUCUGCUCGUGUUGCCUUGAAGAAGCAAGGAGUCGUUAGACAAGGAGUCAUCAGACACUUGGCUACCGGAGUCUCUAGUACUAUGACUAGAGACUCUAAAGUUCAUCAAAAUUUGUUGGAAGACCAUUCCUUCAUUAACUAUAAACAAAACAUUGAGUAUGUCAAUAUCGUCAGAGAAAGACUAGGACGUCCAUUGACAUACGCAGAAAAGAUUUUGUACGGUCAUUUGGAUGAUCCUCAUGGUCAAGAAAUCGAAAGAGGUGUUUCUUAUUUGAAAUUGAGACCAGAUCGUGUUGCUUGUCAAGAUGCUACCGCUCAAAUGGCUAUCUUGCAAUUCAUGUCAGCAGGUUUACCUCAAGUUGCUAAGCCAUUGACUGUUCACUGUGACCAUUUGAUUCAAGCUCAAAUUGGUGGUGAAAAGGAUUUGAAGAGAGCCAUUGAUAUCAACAAGGAAGUUUACGAUUUCUUGGCUACUGCUACUGCUAAAUAUAAUAUGGGUUUCUGGAAGCCAGGUUCCGGUAUUAUCCAUCAAAUCGUUUUGGAAAACUAUGCUUUCCCAGGUGCUUUGAUUAUUGGUACCGAUUCGCAUACUCCAAAUGCUGGUGGUCUAGGUCAAUUGGCUAUUGGUGUUGGUGGUGCUGAUGCUGUCGAUGUCAUGUCCGAUUUGGCAUGGGAAUUGAAGGCUCCAAAGAUUAUGGGUGUUAAGUUGACCGGUAGAAUGAACGGUUGGACUUCUCCAAAGGAUAUUAUUCUAAAGUUGGCUGGUAUCACUACCGUCAAAGGUGGUACUGGUAAGAUUGUUGAAUAUUUCGGUGACGGUGUUGACACUUUCAGUGCUACUGGUAUGGGUACCAUCUGUAAUAUGGGUGCUGAAAUCGGUGCCACUACAUCCGUUUUCCCAUUCAACAAGUCUAUGAUUGACUAUUUGGAUGCUACUGGUAGAGACAAGAUUGCUCAAUUCGCUCAAUUGUACCACAAGGAUUUGUUGUCCGCUGAUGAAGGUGCUGAGUACGAUGAAAUCAUCGAAAUCGAUUUGAACACUUUGGAACCAUAUGUCAAUGGUCCAUUCACUCCAGAUUUGGCUACUCCAAUCUCUAAGAUGAAGGAUGUCGCUGUCAAGAACAACUGGCCUCUAGAAGUUAAAGUCGGUCUUAUCGGUUCUUGUACCAACUCUUCUUACGAAGAUAUGUCCAGAGCUGCUUCCGUCGUUAAGGAUGCUGCUACCCACGGUCUAAAAUCUAAGUCUAUCUUCACUGUGACUCCAGGUUCUGAACAAAUCAGAGCUACCAUCGCUAGAGAUGGUCAAUUGGAAACUUUCAAAGAAUUCGGUGGUACCGUUUUGGCUAACGCUUGUGGUCCAUGUAUCGGUCAAUGGGACAGACAAGAUAUCAAGAAGGGUGACAAGAACACCAUUGUUUCCUCUUUCAACAGAAACUUCACUGCUAGAAACGAUGGUAACCCAGAUACUCACUCCUUCGUUGCCUCUCCAGAAAUCACUACCGCUUUCGCCAUUGCUGGUGAUUUGAGAUUUAACCCUCUAACCGACACUUUGAAGGACAAGGACGGUAACGAAUUCAUGUUGAAACCACCAACUGGUGUUGGUUUGCCAGUUAAGGGUUACGACCCAGGUGAAAACACUUACCAAGCUCCACCAAAGGACCGUUCUUCCGUUACUGUCCAAGUUUCUCCAACGUCUGACCGUCUACAAUUGUUGAAACCUUUCAAGGCUUGGGAUGGUAAGGAUGCUUUCGAUAUGCCAAUCUUGAUCAAAUCUCUAGGUAAGACCACCACUGACCAUAUCUCUAUGGCUGGUCCAUGGUUGAAGUACAGAGGUCAUUUGGAAAACAUUUCAAACAACUAUAUGAUUGGUGCUAUUAACGCUGAAAACAAGAAGGCUAACUGUGUCAAGCACCACUACACUGGUGAAUACGCCGGUGUUCCAGACACUGCUAGAGCUUACAGAGAUGCAGGUAUCAGAUGGGUUGUCAUUGGUGGUGAAAACUUCGGUGAAGGUUCUUCUCGUGAACACGCUGCCUUGGAACCAAGAUUCUUGGGUGGUUUCGCUAUUAUUACCAAAUCCUUCGCAAGAAUUCACGAAACUAACUUGAAGAAACAAGGUAUGUUGCCUUUGAACUUUGCUGAACCAGCUGCUUACGACAAGAUCAACCCAGAUGACACCAUCGACAUCUUGGGUUUGACUACUCUAGCUCCAGGUAAGAACUUGAUCAUGAGAGUUCAUCCAAAGGAAGGUGAAGCUUGGGAAACCCCAUUGUCUCACACUUUCAACGCUGAACAAAUCGAAUGGUUCAAGGCCGGUUCUGCUUUGAACAGAUUGGCUAACGCCAAGAAGGCUAAGAACUGA